AUGGCUGUUGAGAAAGUAUUGGGAGGAAGACGGUGGACUGCCCCUUGCCAAGGAUGUCGAGAGAUGGAAAGAAAAGCUGCUUCUUGGCACGCAAAGAAUAGUUCUCCAUCAAGGAAGAAGCCAAAGUCCCAUUUUGUUGAGAAGAGUCAAGUUCCUACCUACAAGCUUGACAACCAUGAUCUGCUUCGUGAGAUAGUUCGUGCCUGCUCUAGUUCUACCGAGCAUCAAAGAGACGCAGAUAUUUCUCUUCGAACUGUUAAGUCACGAGCAGUCAAGUGUGGAGUUGAUUCAGUGUCAUUGACUCCUUUGGAGGUGAGGCUGGCAGAGGCUAAGAAGAUGAGAGAGUCAUCUGCUCGGGCUAAGGGUUCUUCUUUAGCAUCAGGGGUUGAUCCCAAGGCGAACAAGUCUAACCUUGUAAGGGAUGCAUGCGUGUUUGAUCUACUCAAGACGAACAUCAUAUCAAACCCAUCCUCCUGUGCUGAGUUGCUCAGCGAGCUAAAGAAGAAGAAUGCUGAAUUGGCCAGCAAGCUCUCUGCCGAUCAGGCUCGUUAUGAGAAGAAAACGUCUGAUUUGAGGGCGAUGAUAUCUAAGCUAAAAAGCUCCCUUACUGAGAAGGAUUCCGAGCUCAACUCUUCUGCUGCUGAUUUGGCUAGUCAAAAAGAUAUUGACAAGCUCCUGGCUAGAUUUCGUGCCCACCAUAAGUCUGCCGAAAAAUCCAAGUCUGAAGCCACCAUAGAUGCAUACAAGUUGGGCUACCUGCACUGUGCAGAUGGGACUACUCCCUUGUAUGCGAUUGAUGACGUAAACAUCGAGACGCUUUGCCCUGACUUAUUCCCUGUGAACGGAGGAACUGAAGAGCAGGCAGCCGGAGAGGAUGAAGUAGAGGAGGACGCAGUAGACGAGACGAUGGCAGAUGUCAUGGAGUAG